AUGGCAAAUUCUGGUUCUGGCGACGAGUACCCCUAUCUAUGGGGUGGGCGAGACCCUCCAAGGCCAGACGUGAAGCAUAACCAGUCGUCGACAUCAGAUGUAAGUUCGCUGGCGGGAUAUCAGCCUGGUCAUCGAGAUUCGGAGGUAUUGCUGCCGUCGCCGACCUCAGAUCGACCUAAAGACGAGGUGGAUGUUAGCCAUGUACAGAUAUCCUCCGGAUGUUCAGGAGUGACAUCGCCGUAUGAGGGGUCUAGAGGUGCUGCUGGCAGGAAGUUGUCAUUUGUUCCGGAGACUCUGCGUGCUGGGACGCCUUCGCCUACCACUCGAUCGAUGUUCAGCACGUUUCGAACCUCGCAGUAUGAGCCGAUAUGGAGCCCGGAUGCGGCACCGAGUAAGCCUAGAAGAUCAUCAAGGCGGUCUUCGGGUAGGGAGACUGGCUCGAGUAGUUGUCUCAUGGGUACGGCACACGGCACUAACCCUGAAAAUGAGGAAAUAGAUAUGAGUUUGCUAGCGUCCGCGAUGCUAAUGGGGUUAGCGAAUCAACGAACUGCGUAUACGAGCGCGGUAGAAGUCGAUUCAGAGUUUGCGCCGGCAUUAUCACCUACAAUGUCGGUCGACGUCUCCUCACUUACCGGCCCCCCACAGAACGAGCAACAGUUAAAAGAAGUCAACCGGCAAGAGGCAGCUGGUAUUCUGACUGGUGGACUAGGCGCUGGCUGGAAACCGGUUACGACUAUCAAAAGUACCGACCUAUACGCAAACCAGCCAGCGACACCGAGAACGCCCGCCUCCAUGUCUCGUAUGUUGUCGUUUCGACGGCCUUCGUUGAGUCGAGAUAAAGGGCUAGCGAGGACACAAACGGUCCGGGAACUAGGCCAGAUCGAAGCGAACAAGCGAGGAGAGAUCAUCAAAGUCAUCGUGGAAGAACCGACAUUCGAUAUAAGCUCUUUUGCAGGCGAUAGCUCAGCAGCUGUGAACUUUGAGUCGAUGAAUGGAGCCACUACUCGCAAGAACACGUUACAUGUUCCACAUGUAGAAGUGUUCUAUCCACAGGAUAACUGGAAGCCGGUCUCUAUGCGGUGGUCCUAUAUCACUGCGCUGAUUGUGAUCUCAAUCAGCCUUGCAGUCGUGCAAGAGGUCGUUCUACAGAAGGGCGCCAUCUACACCUUCGUGUCGGCCUCGAAGCUUAGCACUUGGAACUACUUCACGUUCAAGUAUUUGCCAACACUGGUAGCGGUCUCGUUUGGCGUGUUGUGGCAGGUGACGGACUUCGAGGUUAAGCGACUGGAGGCGUACUAUCAGCUAUCUAGACAAGGGGGCGCCCUGGCCGCUGAAUCGAUCAAUGUCGACUACAUCACUUUCUUCAACUUCCUUCGCCCGAUCAGAGCGUUGAAGUUCAAGCAUUAUGCCGUAGCCGUAUCUUCACAAGCAACGCUUAUGGCCGUCUCUCUCGUCCCAACUCUCCAAGCGGCAUCUAUCGAACUCAGACCGACCUCUCGAGCCGCACCAGGGUCGGAAUUCGCAGACGAGAAACAGAUCGCUGUCAAUGCUAUCUUGUCGAGAAUCCUCAGUGCGGUAUUAGUCACGAUUGCAGUUCUGGGCUCUAUCCUCGUCUGGCAGCUGGGAACUCGACCAUCAGGUCUCGUGGCAGAUGUGAAAGGCAUAGCCGGCAUAGCAGCCAUGGCCAACCGAAGCCACAUCCUGAUGGACUUCAAAAACAUGGACACGGCGACCCCGGAGAUGAUCCACCAAACCCUCAAAUCCCACCGCUACUCCCUCAGGAACUCCUCACUCGCACCCGAGGACAAAGUUCCCCUGACGCAAGCCGAGAAGGACAGAUACGAUCAGCAGACCCGGCACGGAAACCCACACCCCCUCAUGCUGCGUCUCGUGGCAGGAAUCCCCUUCAUCACAGUCAUGAUCCUCUUCAUAGCCCUCGUGCCCAUCGUCCUCUUCGUCCCAGCCCUCGCCGAAGUCACGACCCGAGCGCCCUGGUUCCUCACCGCGCUCGCAGUCGGCAUCAAACUCGCCUGGGGCACCCUCGAGACCGACGUGCGCAUGAUGGAGCCCUUCUACAUCCUCUCCAAGCGGCACGCCUCGCCCAGGGUCCUCACGCUAGACUACACCGCCGUGGCCUUCGGCUGGAUGCCGAUCCGGGCCUUCGUCAACGGGCACCUCCUCGUCGGGCUUGUCGGCCUCGGCUCCGUCCUCGCCGAGAUCCUGACCGUGUGCUCCUCCUCCUUCGCCGGCGUGCACGGCAGGGAGUUCUUCGCGCCCAGCACCCCCUCCUACUCCUCCGCGCAGGCCUCCUCCCCCUCCUCCCAGGCCCAGCGUGCCGAGUCGUCGGGCGAGGAGACCUUCCUCUCGUUCUGGCUAUCCUUCGGGCUUGCCCUGCUCAUCCUCGCCUACCUCUGCUGCGUCGCGGCCCUCGUGUACGUGCGCCGACGCCACAUUUUCCUGCCCCGGCAGCCGAGCACGAUCGCGAGUGUGCUGGCCUUCAUCCACCAGAGCAAGAUGCUGAACGACUUUGUCGGCACCGAGAAGAUGAACAACGACGAGAUGGUCGAGCGGCUGGCGCGCGUGGGCAAGACGUACGGGCUCGGCUGGUUCACGGGGAGGGAUGGCGAGAUGCAUUGUGGGGUGGAUGAGGAGGAGUUGGUGAGUGCGUACAAGCAUGGGCGUGAUGAGCGGAAGGCCAUUCAGCCGUGGAGUACGCAGUGGGAGAAUUAUUAG